AUGUUGCAGCACUACUCGGGGUGGCAGGGUGGGGUACCUGGCGUGCACGGACUGCCUGUGACUCCCCUCUUCGAGCCCCCUCUGUGUCUCUGCCCCGUCUUCCCCCCCCUCCCCCUCCAACCCACGGUGAGAAAGCUGGAGUACCUGGGGCGAAUUCUGAGGCGCCUAAAAAAUCUGCCCCGUCUUCUCCCCACUUCCCCCCCAGCUCGCGCUGGGGAGAUAUCUUACACGGCCUGGCAGGACAAGAGGGAGAUGGAGAAGCUGGCAGCAGCGGAGCCGGUGGGGUACCUGGCGUACAUGGACUGGCAGGACAAGAGAGGGAUGGAGAAGCUGGCAGCAGCAGAGCCGGGAAAUUCCCCUUUCACCCAUUCCUGCUCCCACUUCCUUUCCUUCCCCCCACUCCAGGUGGCGUACCUGGCAUACACGGACUGGCAGGACAAGAGGGAGAUGGAGAAGCUGGCAGCAGCGGAGCCGGUGAAUUUCCUUCUCAUCCAUCCCUGCUCUCCACUUUCCUGCUGCUAUCCCCUCUCCUUUCUACCUCUUCCCCAGGUGGCGUACCUGGCGUACACGGACUGGCAGGACAAGAGGGAGAUGGAGAAGCUGGCAGCAGCAGAGCCGGUGAAGCGGCCGACAGCCACAUCGGAGAUCCGCGCCGCCAUGAAGUCGCCGCCCCGCGCCACGCCCAAGGGGUUUGGGAAGAAGUCAGAGAAGGAGAUUGCGGAGGAGAGCGAUGUUUGA